UCUUUUUUUCGCCUUUAGGUAAGUUCCUUUUCCAUCUCUUUUUCCUUUGGGGUUGGUUGCCCCGAUCUAAAUCUCAGGUGCCGUGGCACACAGCCUUGCUCUGAAUAUUCGCCGCGUGCAAGUCAUUUUGGCUACGAUAGUUGGUACUCGUUGCAGGAUUGACUACUCAGACUUGAACUCCACUUUUCGCUUGAGCAGCUCAGUCAGGUUCUCCCCUCAUGUGGUUGCUACUCCGCUAGUAAAUCUUCCAGACGACUUUGUUGUCAAAGGGUCACAAGCCAAGGAGCUACGGGAUGUUACGGCGCAAGCCAUUUCGGAAGCAUGGAAGUAUCCGCGGUCGGCAACUUCGGCUUUGGCUAAACAGGGUCUCAACAACUCGUUCAGUGCUGUUGGGCAGAUAGUUGACGGGAUCCCUCAAGUAUCUCCGUGCGCUCCUAUGGAAAUGGCCUAUAUCAAAGAUUACCUAUUUCACAGGUGCAAACUAUGGGGACCUUACUCUCUUCUCAGUUUGGCUCUGCCGCUUUGA